AAGCAUCUAUGGACUGUUUAGAGGAACAGGAAAUGUAAGUCGGAAAUGUAAGUCAUUUGUUCCUCCAAACAGUCCAUACAUGUUUGCGGUUCGCGACCAGACCCAGUGCCCUGCUCAUUUUUGGGAUUGGCUAAUUGUUUUAAAAUUAUAUCAUUCGAGACGGUAGAACAUGCACAAACAAUGCCUGGAUUAAUUUGCGGUUUGCAUGCGCUUUUCAGUGUUUGUGCUACUAGUCUUGUGCAACACCAUUGCCACGAAAUCACAGGACUGUAAAUCUGAUGUGACGUUCAACGAUGAACACGGAAGUUUUAAAUUCAGCAGCGAACAAGCAAUGGCAACUAACAACAGCACGUAUCGUAAUUCUUCGUGGAAGAUCGAGGCACCUCUGGGGAAACAGGUUGACAUAAUGAUUAGUAGUCUUCGAACGGCAACUUGCACCAACGCUAGCAGUGCAUGCACAUGCACCUACCUCGCCAUCAAAGAUGGAGAGUGCUACAAUUCAACACUGAUCGGCAAAUAUUGUGGUACUCAUAAACUCAUGCGCAGGCUGUCAUCCAGUGGAAGAUUUCUGAGAAUAGAGUUCGUAUCAAAGGUGAACAACAGAACGAGAAUCAUGGAAAAUUUUACUGUUGAUUAUUUUAGAGUGACACCAUGUUCAGACUCGAAUAUUUCAUCUCACAAAUGCCCAAAUCGACUAACGAAACUGUCACAUAAAAUGUGCUGCGUAAGCAAUGGCAAACCGUCGUGUUGCCCUGUUGGAGGAAACAACUGCACGGACAAACAUGCGACCAAAAGAUCGUAUUGCCCGGGACCACAAGAUGACAAUUCCAAGACAGAAUGCUGUAUGGAUGAAGGCCAGCCAAUAUGUUGUGAGGAAGAAAAAGUCAAAAUUCCGAAGUAAGUAAAAAAAAUGGCAUGGUUUGCUGUUUCAUAACAAUAACUCAGUAAAAAUUAGGUAAGGUUCAACACGAUCUUUUCAUUCGAUGUAAGCUGAAGACUGAGUUGGAUGAUAUACUACUUGUUUUCCGACAAUUACUGGUCUAUUAAAAAGUAUUUUCCCCUUCAUUGCAACGUAUGUUAGCUAGAAAAUCCGCUACAAGUGCUGCCAAACUUUUACAAUUUGUCCGAUUUUCAUGCUGUAAACCAAGUUAAUAUAUAUAGUUGUUCAGCUUCAGGAAAAACGACAUCCACUUAGAAUUCACGGGAUGAGUAACUACUUUACACUGUUAAUAUCGAAUUUCAAAGUAGGUAUUUUGAUUCAGUUUCGAAAUUCUGUCCAAGAAAGGUAGAGCAGACUGGGUUAAAGCUUUUAUAGGGUAAAACUGUGGAUUAUUGUGAUUUGACCUGCGAUGUUUGAGGACAAUGUGGCCAUGUUUUAUCGGAAAUUACGAGGCAUUAGCG